AUGGUCUUAACAAAAGAGUUCAGAAUUUGUAUGCCCAUGACUGUUGAGGAGUACCGUAUCGGUCAACUUUACAUGAUAGCUCGUCAUAGCUUUGAACAAUCGAGUAACGGUGAGGGCGUAGAGGUAAUUGUUAACGAGGAAGUGAAUGAUGAAGUGAAUGGCUUAGGACAGUUUACUGAGAAGAGGAUACAUUUGUCCAGUCAUCUUCCAUAUUGGGUCCAGUCUCUUAUUCCUAAAAUAUUUUACGUCACUGAAAAGGCAUGGAACUUUUAUCCAUAUACAAUAACUGAGUAUACGUGCUCCUUUAUUCCAAAAUUUUCUAUUUCAAUUCAAACACGAUAUGAGGAUAAUAAUGGAACUACAGAAAAUUGCUUGGGAUUGACCUCAGAAGAAUUAGAACUGAGGGAAGUAGACUUUAUUGAUAUAGCAUAUGAUGAAAUAAAGCCCCAUCAUUACAAAGAAGCAGAGGACCCCAAGUUUUAUAAAUCUGAGAAGUCAGGGCGUGGUCCAUUAUGUGAGGGUUGGAGGGACACUCAUAAACCAAUAAUGUGUUGUUAUAAAUGUGUUAAUGUGAAAUUUGAGGUUUGGGGUCUACAAACUAGAGUAGAAGAUUAUGUACAAGGGGCUAUCAGGGAUAUCCUCCUGCUUGGACAUCGCCAGGCCUUUACUUGGAUGGAUGAGUGGUAUAAUAUGACUAUUGAAGAUGUUAGGAACUAUGAAAAGGAAAUGCAGGCUCAAACUAAUAUGAAGGUUAAGCCAUCUGCAGAAAAUGACGAGGUAAAAGUGGAGGAAUCAACGGAAAAUAAGGCUUCAUCAUCUCAACCUCAUACACCCAAAUCCCCAAAAAGUGGUUCAGGAACACCUUCAGCAGAGGCAAAAUCAUGGUUCUCUUGGUCAUAG